GAGUUGUCUAAAUAAGAUUUCAUCCCGCAGCCAAGCGACGCCAAUUCUACUCGACAACGUAAUCUCCUGCAACCAAAUCGCUUCGACCCCCGGGCAAUGCGGACUUACACUGAUGCAACCAUACUUAAGACUGCGCAACGGAUCGUGGUGAUAUAAAGGGCGUUUACAUUGAUUUGAGUAGAAUACCAAUCGGAAUCAGCAAAUUCCAACUCACAUCAGACUCAGACCUGCGCUUUUAAGCGGAGUACCGGGAGACAAGAAUGGUUGAUAUAAUGAACACAUCCUCAAAGACAAAUGGACUGGAAUUCACCAGCCUCUAUACUGAUACAUCAGUGAAGCACCCCAAACGCAAGAGAGGUAAUAUUAUUAAUUCUGCCCCGAAUAAAAGAAAUCGAGAGAAUCGAAAAGAUGAUAAGACAACUGGACAGAAUAUUGAAUCAAUCAAUAAAACCCAAAGUGAGGGGCAAUCACUUGGUGAUAACAACGCUGCGAGAGAACGCUCACGUGUACAAACUUUACGAAGUGCAUUUCUUGAACUACAACGUGCAUUACCGUGUGUACCUCCUGAUACUAAACUAUCAAAAUUGGACGUUUUAGUGCUUGCUACGACUUAUAUUUCUCAAUUGAUGCGGACAUUGGAAGAAUCACAAAGUGAGGACCUCAGUUGUGUCAGCCAACCUACAACAGGAGGUCACCACGCCAAGGAAUACCUCCACCCAGUAAAGAAGUGGCCUAUGAGAUCAAGAUUAUACCAAGGGAUCAGUACAACUUGCAGUUAAAACAUUGUGCAGCACUACCAUGGAAACAACACAACCAUAGAAACAGCACUUCCAUGGAAACAUCAACACCGUGGAAACACAGUUAUUACGAUCUUUCUAAUGUUAACCGGCAAAGGAACAAGAACACCAGCAUUGGUGACUAUCUCAUACAAAAUGUCCGACUUGGGCUAUUGGUAACUUUUGAAAAUGAGUGCGUGGCGUCAUCAAUUUUUGGACUGGUAUUUUGACACCAUUUAUUGUCUCUAGAAUAUGCACUGACUAACCUACAGGUAGGACAAGUGGGACGAUUUUUGCAACUUUGC